AUGACUUUAGAUUCAGUUGAAGCUUAUCACAUUCUCCGUAAUGGAAUUACUGGUGGUCUAUCAAAUGUUCAACAUCGUGUUAAUCUUAAAGGAAUCACGCACAUUAAUAAACUUUCAUAUAGUCCAGAAACUAAAACUGUAUCAAAUGAGGACACUUCCAACAUCAUGACUCAUUUCGUUGGUGUUGAUUUUAAUUCAUUAUAUCCUUCAUCAUUUUCAUCUAAUCCUCAUGAUUUCAUUCAAUAUACUGACCAUAAAAUGUAUAUGCCGGGAAGAUUGAAUGGUGUUAUCAUUUGUGAUACAGCAACAAAGAAAGCAAAAGCACUGGGAAUAAUUAAGAAGAAAAAUACUUUAUUCAUGGCUGAAGUAAAGGGUCACAUUGAUAAAAAAUACAUUAAUGAUUACAUAAACUUUUUACCGAUAAUAAGAAACUUAGAUAUUAUCACAGAUGAAAAAACAAUUGGCAGUUUUAUGUAUAAUUACAUGAAAUCAAACAAUCUACCAGUUGACCAGAAACAGAGGAAAUUAACUCAGUUAGCAUCAACACACAACCAAUAUCAACCAUUUUCUUCUUAUUAUCUAUGGUAUCUAAUCGACAGGUUUAAUUUUAUCAUCGAUGAUAUUCAAUCAAUUUUAACAUUUACGAAAAACACUUGUUUUAAUGAAUUUGCGAACGAAUUUAUGAACGAAAGACAAAAGGCUGAAUUAGAAGGAAAUAAAGGAAAAAAUUUAUUUUGCAAGAUUUCGCUUAAUGGAUCAUAUGGUUACGAUGCAAUGAAUACGCAAAAUUACGCAAAGACUAAAAUAAUGAAUGCACAGAAGGCACGCGUUGCAUGUAUGUCAAAUAAGUUUAAAAACAUAAGAGAAAUAGGUGAAGAUACAUAUCAAGUGAUGCUUAAAGAUAGAUUUUAUAGAUGUGAUACAUGUUUACAAGAGGCAUUCUUCACUUUAGAUAAUGCUAAAUACUGGUAUUUGGUUUUCAUUUAUGAUUUUAUGUAUAAAUGCAUGAAUGUUAAUCGUUUUCAUUUCAUUGAAGGUGAUACUGAUUCAUCUUAUUGGGCAAUCGCUGGCGACCCAAAUCUUCCUAACACUCAAGCAUUUCAAGCAAUUGUUACCGAUAAACAAUUUUAUGAUAAAAACAUUUUCAAAUUCGCACCAUUUGAUUUCUUCUGUUUUGAUGAGAAAUUUAAACCUAAAUUAAAGAAUAAAGCUGAAGAAAAAGCACAUGAGAAGAAGUUAUUGGGUUUAGCAAUUGAGAAACAAGGUGAUAACAUGGUUGCUUUAUGCCCUAAGUGUUAUACAUCAUUCAACGGUUCAAUUGAUGGAAGUGAUUUUAAAAAGAUUGCACAAAAAAUGAAAGGUGUUAGUUUACGACAAAAUAAACAAUUAACACCUAAA